UUCUUAAUAAUAUAAAAAAAUAGAAAAUGUAGAGUAGAAUGGCAAAGAGACUUUAAAGAGAUUUAGAAUAGAUGCAAAAGACAUAUACUGAUUAAUUCGUUGUAAAGAUGCCAAAUAAUGAUAUAAAACAUUGGAUAGUUGCAUUUGAAGGAGCAAAAGGGACACUUUAUCAAGGGGAGAAAUUCGAGUAAGAAAAUUGAUAAAUAUAUUUUAGAUUGCAAUUCAAAUUUUCAAAUGAUUAUGUAGAAAUACUUAUUCUUAUUUAGCUCUUUUUUAACUGAAAUUA